ACAGUUGAACAAUUGUUUCUAACCCUUUUUCCCGGCAUCUGUCAAAAGCUGUUGCUUUCAACUUUCGUUGAGAUGGUGGGACAGCAAGCUCCCUGUUGUGACAUGUUAUACCGUCGAUGACAAGGAUAAUGUGGAAGCAGUGAACUGAAUAAAAAGAAGUUACAUGGCGUGCAAAAUGAGACGGCAAAUGAAACAUGAUGCACACCCUACCGAAAAAUAGACGCGGCUCCACUCACAAAUCAAAAUGAGUUUCGUGAUUUCAAAUAAAUGCGCUUGCUCGUUUUAAAUAGAUGCGAUCAUAGUGACGUGAUUUGCAUUGAUGAAUGUUGUGUAAUAUUUUUUUUUACAACCUUGUCGUAUCAUUUAUUUGAUAUCAGUUUAGAAAACUUGGCAGCGUGAUGGAUUCGCAACCAGUGAAAUGAUAGUGCAUAUCAUAGUGUUAGUAUUACAUAAUACAUUUCUUUUCCAAAUGUUAUGUUGUGCACGCAGACUGAUACUCAGUGAGUGACAGAACUGCCGACACUUCGACAAAUAUUUCUGAUCGUUAAAGAGGAAAAUGCUGCCUAAAAUAUCGCAUAUUCUAGAUAAUUACGUAACCAUUGCUGAGAGAAGUACUGGAGGGGAGCACCCAGUACUGUCACAACACAGGCUCUUGGACUGCACAAAUGCUGCUGAUACAGGGUCAGAUGAAACUGGAUCAGAAAGGAAUCUCAUUCGGGGCUCAAAUGAAGCCUUGCACCACCAAGGUAGAAGACUAUUGUCCAGACCAACUGUUGAACCGGCAGUAUUUCUUUUCCUAGCAGCAUCAGCAGUAUCAAGCACAGUUACACAGACAUUAUUCUUGCAACGUGUAUGUGAGGAAGAUUUGGGUUACAAUGCAACUGUGUGCUCUCACCUCGAUUCCACUAAUAAUACUUCAGAACAACCUCAUACUGCUAGCCUGCUCAUGAGCAAGACUUUACUGGAAACUUUGUUGCCAGCUACACUAACCCUUUUCUUGGGCCCCUGGAGUGACCGACAUGGCCGAAAACCUCUGCUUCUCUUCCCCUUGAUAGGUCAUGCAACAACAUAUGCAGCAUAUGCUGGACUCUCUACUAUAGACCAUUUGCCACCACGCUAUUUGCUUCCUGCUUCCAUACCUAUUGCUCUAACUGGUGGCUUUAUUGCAUUGAUCUUAUCUUCGUACAGCUACAUUGCCGAUGUAAGUCCUGCUGAUAAAAGAGGAUUGAGGCUCAGUUUAGUGGAAGUAUCUGUGAGUCUGAGUGCAAUCAGUGGCAAUGCAGUUUGUUCACCAUUGUAUAAAGCCUAUGGAUUUGUUGGUAUAUUUACAACUGCAGCUGGUCUGUGUCUGGUGGGCUUCUUUUAUGUACUGUUCCUGCUGCCAGAAUCAAUCACUCCACCGCAUUCUCAGUCAGAGGAUUCAAAUGUGAAAUGUGUAUUUCUUCAAGAGACAGUAGUGGAAGUUUUUAAGGUGAGCUUCAAAUGGCGACCAAACUAUGGGCGUGCCAUUGUACUAUUGUCAGCUACAGCACUGUCAUUCUAUGUUGUAACACUAAUAGGAGAAGGUGGCAUUAUGUACCUAUACACAAUCAAGAAGUUUGGGUGGACUGUUGAAGAUUAUACGAGGCUAUCCAUAGCUGCUCUUUCCAUGUCAGCAAUUUGUACAUUUGGAACUAUUUACAUUUUUGUAAAUGUUCUUCACUUUUCUGAAACACUUGUUGCUGCAUUUGGUUUCAUUUGCAAGAUCAUAUCUGCACUUCUAGCAGCUUUUUCACCGUAUUCAUGGUACCUGUAUCUGGCUGCCCUGGCUAAUGCUUUUGGAGGAAUCUGUACAUCACUUAUAAGGUCAACAAUGUCUAAGACUGUUCCACCCAGUGAAGUAGGUAGUGUAUUCUCCCUGACUGCAGCACUGGAGUCUGUUAUGCCAUUGGUAGCAUCGCCUCUCUACACAGCUGUGUACAAUGCCACCAUUGCAAGUUUUGCUGGGGCAUUCUACCUGAUGUCUGCAGUUUUCUACACUGUUAAUGUUGGACUCUCAUUGGCACUGGCAUGUUUACAACGCAAGUGCUCACGAUCCGGCUAUUAUGAAGAGUUGCCAAGCAAUGAUAGCUGUCCUGCAUCUGUAGAUGCUUAAAGUAUCAAUGUUUUCCGUUAUUCAUGUCUACUUAUUGAAUUAAGCCAUGAAAAGUUGUCAGUUACUUCAUCUUGUGGUAAUAUAAUUCUUUGGACCACAAAAAACUCUGAACAGAUAAUCUCUUGUGGCAAUCUAAUUGUAACAGUAAAGGAAGUAAAAUUUAAUAUUGUGAUGCAGUAAGUCUGUGUGUGUGUGUGUGUGUGUGUGUGUGUGUG